AUGUUUUCUUCCAGCAACAUCUGCAUCGACGGCCGCACUGCUGAGCAACUUCCUUUUUUUCAGCCUGACCCCAUGCUAUCAAAUUCAGAUGUAUCAGGUGCUUCUGUGCUCUUACACAAAGACAGUGAGAAGAAGCCGCCACCAGAGAGUGAUUAUUACAGCUACAGUGAUGCUGGUUCAAAUUUGAUGUGUUCAAGCCAGCUUGAACUCAAUCCACCUGCAGACAACACAAGAAGGCACCCUGCAUCCAAUUCUUGUGGUCACUUUGAGUGGAACUUAAACAGCGGCCAUCAAGCAAAGCGAGCCAGAGUAGAAAACAUCAUCAAAGGCAUGACCGGUUCUCCUGGUGCUCACUGCACAGAUGUGACGACGAAUCAGGACGAGGACGCAGACAGCAUGCAGGGAAGUGAGAAGAUGCAGGAGCUGCUUUUGCAUCAAGACCACACGCAAAGAAGUGAAAUGAGAGGGAGCCAGACAAGAAUGGAGCCUCAAAGCCAGAAUCAGCACCUCAGGCAGCUCAGAAUGAGGUUUACUCAUGUGGAUGGGGUGAAUGACAGUGUGGAUAUUAGUAAGGAAAGUCUUGCAGAAGAGAAAUAUCCCAUCUGGAACAAUUCACCUGACAUAACUUCAAGAGACACAGGUACAGAAUCAUAUGGUGAGUUUGAAAGCGACUCAAACAGGAAGGGAUGGAAAAAGGUGAAGCCAGUGAACUAUUUUCAAUCCAAGCCUGAAAAAGUAAAGUUGAUGGCAGAUGUUUUAAAGUACGAACUGUCCAGAGCUGUCAGCAGGAGCGUUGACUCCAUUUUCAAAAGCGUGCCUCUUUUACAAGCCUCACAAAAUGAGGAGAUUGCAGAGACUGAUUUGUCUUUUCUAAAUCUUCAUAAGCGGCCACCUGUUUGUAAAGAGAAUAAAAUAGGACUAGUAUGUUGCGGGAGUACAGAGGUGCAAGUCCCAGAUGUUCAAACUGAAGCGCUCUCCCUUGUGGUGCAAAAACCACAACAACCAGAAAGACCCGACAAGUUUAUCCUCCAGUCCGGAUCAAGAGCUCACCAUCGCCCCAAACUUUCAGCCUCAUUUAGUUACGACUCCACUCUGCGUGAAGAUCAGACACCAGGACAGAUCCAUAACGCUGCCCAUCAAAACACCCUCAGGUGCUUGCAAGGAGGAUGCUCGGAGGGAAAGUUUGAGACGUUUGAUGCAUUUUGGAACUCAGACAAAAUAAGAUCAAAAGUCAACUCCAGAUCUUUGAGGAGCCCACAGACACACACUGUAACUGUGGAUCCAGUGUGUUUGGAAAGCCUCUGUCUCCCUGAUGUCAAGAUUCAGUCCGGUAGCCUGCUAAAGAAUAACCUGUACAUAUUGAAUGAGGGUCUGACCACAAACCACCUGAAGAAAGCUAAGCUCAUGUUCUUCUACACCCGCUACCCCAGCUCAUUGGUGCUGAAGAUGUGUUUCCAUGACGUACAGUUCACGCGCUGCAUCACCUCUCAGCUCAUCAAGUGGUUCAGUAACUUCAGGGAGUUUUACUACAUCCAGAUGGAGAAGUUUGCCCGUCACGCCGUAAUGGAGGGAGUGUCCGACGCCAGAGGUCUGACUGUGGGGAGAGAAUCAGAACUUUUCAGAGCUCUCAACAUGCACUACAACAAAGCCAACGACUUCCAGGUUCCUGACCGAUUCCUCAAAGUCUCCGAGAUUACACUGAGAGAGUUUUACAUUGCUGUCUCGAUGGGAAAAGACCGUGAUCCAUCCUGGAAGAAAUCGAUCUACAAGAUAAUCUGUAAACUGGACAGUGACGUUCCAGCUGAAUUCAAGAGUCAUCACGCUGGAUAA